GAGACGUCCCAUCAGCCCGCUGGGUGGUGAACUUUGACCUGGACCUGGCAGACGGCCUGGUUCUGGCUGCUGUGCUGGCUGCCUACUGUCCCUUUCUGAUCCCCAGUCAUCUCCAGAGGAUGUACACCAGCAUCAGCCGCCUGGAACAGAACCUCCACAACAGUAUCAUCCUCAGCCAGGCCUUCACACUGCUCUGUCUGGACAUAGACAUCCAGCCCACAGAGCUGUCAGACUCGAACCCUGUUCUGAUGUUGAUGCUGUGUGUUUACCUGUAUGAGAAGCUGCCCCAGUACCUUCCCAGGAGAACCAUCACCCUGUCUGGCAGCCUGCACCACACCUUCACCAAGCAGGGGCGUUGUGUGGAGGUGACCGUGCAGUACUCCUGUUCCUUCCUGAGGCCAAUGGAGGCGGUGCUACUGCUGACAUCACGCUCUGCCUCCUCAGCCAGUCCCUCUGGAGCCACCCUGGCCUUCAGCCUCAAGACCCAGGUCACACACAUCACCCCCAGCGGGAUAGUGAAGUGUAAAUCUCCAUGUUACCAGCUGAAGGAGCUCCAACUUAAAGUAAAAAACCCUUUCAGCAAGGAUGCCACGUUCAGGGUGGUGUUGGUGGAGUCUAAAGCCAACAUACUACAGGUGGAGAAGAGUCAGGGGAGCCUCAUUCAACAGUUCUCCUUUAGGACCAACCCCAGCUCAGACAACAACACCAGUCUUUCUACAGAUAGGUUGAAUGGUGGAACUGACUGUGGUGAGUGGGAGGACAGUGACCUUCACUGUGAUCCUGCAGAUGAGUGUGGUGUGAAUGAGUUCUUCAGUCCUGUCAGGAGUGUGAGUCUGGCGGCUGGACAGACAGAAACCAUAGAGCUCCACUACCUGCCCUUCCACCUGGGGAAAAGACACUGCUCCGUCCUGCUAGUCAGCCAGCAGGUUGGUGAGCAGGUGUAUCUUGUGGAGGGGACAGCAGAUCUUCCUCUGUCCUCCCCUCUGACCACAAAGCCCAGUCCUAAUGUAGUCCAUGUUAGCAGCGCCACCUCUGAUGGUGCUGAUCCCAGGCCUGCGGUGAACCUGCGUUGCGGCGUGGGCAGCACCCUGGAUGAGGUGGUGUGUGUCCCCCUGGUUAACGGGCUGUGGGAGCGGGCGCUGGCCACCGUGGGGCAGCAGAGGAUGAGCCCUGUGGAGAAGAAGAGGCGCAGCCUCACACACACUCUGGACAGCAGCACCGUCCGGGCCGGGGUGGCGGCCGCUGCACUCACCACCUCACAGGUAGACAGUAGACACACACACUCUGGACAGCAGCACCGUCUGGGCCGGGGUGGCGGCCGCUGCACUCACCACCUCACAGGUAGACAGUAG